GCUUCUAAUAGAGACGGUGGCGCCUUGGUCCCCUGCAAAGUUCACCCAGUAGGUCUUUCCCUGCGGACACAGAUCCAGUCAUGUCUAAGCCAAAAGAUAGCGGCUCUUCCAUCAUGCACUCCCAGCAGCUGCAGGCUGCCAUGGCGGACACUUUGAUCGAGCACAUGUGUCUGCUGGACAUCGACUCCGAGCCCGCCGUGUCGCGCAACACCGGCAUCAUCUGCACAAUCGGUCCCGCUUCCCGAUCUGUGGACAUGGCCAAAGAAAUGAUCAAGGCUGGGAUGAACAUUGCAAGAAUGAACUUCUCUCACGGCACGCACGAAUACCAUGCUGAGACCAUUAAGAACAUCCGUGAUGCAACGGAGAGCUUUGGACCAGGAUCUGUUGAAUACAGGCCAGUGGCCAUUGCUCUGGACACCAAGGGACCAGAAAUCAGGACUGGUCUUAUCAAAGGCAGCGGCACAGCUGAGGUGGAGCUCAAGAAGGGUGAGACAAUCAAGAUCACACUUGAUGACCAGUACAAGGAGAACUGUGAUGAGAAGAUUCUGUGGCUCGACUACAAAAACAUGCCCAAGGUGGUGCAGAUCGGAAGCCACGUCUAUGUUGAUGAUGGUCUGAUUUCUCUCAAGGUUAAAGAAGUUGGCAACGACUAUCUGAUGUGUGAGAUUGAGAAUGGUGGUAUGCUGGGCAGCAAGAAGGGUGUUAAUCUGCCCGGAGCUGCCGUCGACCUGCCCGCUCUGUCUGAGAAAGACAUUCAGGACCUGCAGUUUGGUCUGGAGCAGGACAUCGAUAUGGUCUUUGCCUCUUUUAUUCGUAAGGCUGCUGACGUUCAAGCUGUCAGGAAAGUGUUGGGCGAAAAGGGCAAAGACAUCAAAAUCAUCAGCAAGCUGGAGAACCACGAGGGUGUGCGUAGAUUUGAUGAGAUCCUGGAGGCCAGCGAUGGCAUCAUGGUGGCCCGUGGAGAUCUGGGCAUUGAGAUCCCAACAGAGAAGGUCUUCGUGGCCCAGAAGAUGAUGACGGGCAGGUGCAACAGGAUCGGCAAACCCAUCGUCUGUGCCACACAGAUGCUGGAGAGCAUGACCAAGAAGCCUCGCCCUACUCGCGCUGAGGCCAGUGAUGUUGCCAAUGCUGUGCUGGAUGGCAACGACUGCAUUAUGCUGAGUGGUGAGACCGCCAAGGGAGACUACCCUCUGGAGGCGGUGCGCACGCAGCACAUGAUUGCCCGUGAAGCCGAGGCCGCCAUGUUCCACAGGCAGAUGUUCGAGGAGUUGCGUCGCACCUCCCAUCUGACCCGCGACCCCACGGAGACCGUCGCCAUCGGCGCCGUCGAGGCCUCCUUCAAGUGCUGCGCCAGCGCCAUCAUUGUCCUCACCAAGACCGGCAGGUCUGCUCACCUGCUGUCCAGAUACCGACCUCGUGCCCCCAUCAUCGCCGUGACCCGUUGUGGUAUGGCCGCCCGCCAGGCUCACUUGUACCGCGGUGUCUACCCCGUGCUCUACACCAAGCCUGCCAGCGACGUCUGGGCUGAGGAUGUUGACCUGCGCGUGAACUUUGCCCUGGAAGUUGGUAAACAUCGUAAAUUCUUCAAGUCUGGUGAUGUGGCCCUGGUUGUGACUGGCUGGCGCCCCGGCUCUGGCUACACCAACACCAUGAGGGUGGUUCUGGUGCCUUGAACUUCAUCAAAAGGACAUCAGUAAACUCUCUCCCCUCCUCCCUGAUCUGUCUCGUCCUCUUCAUGUUGGACUUCUUAAUUAUUUCCAUUCUAGAAAGUCCCAAUCAGGCCGCCCUUUUAAAGGACAUCUGAUGAUGACUGAAACAACAUGAUUCCUUACUCCAGCUGUCUGUCUAAACCCUGCUGCUGUUCCUGUCUUCUCCUGUGUUUUAUGUGGAACUUUUAGUUGGUAUAAUAUAAAAGACGAUCCGCUGUGAUCAAUUAAAAGUACAUUUACUGGAUUA